AUGACGACAGAAAACGGCAACGACCUCUCGGGAAUCUCUGCAAGUGGAGAGCGGACGCUGCGAGGCCACACACCCUCUCUCUCGUCUACGGGACAUGGUGUCUUGAUCAGUGGAUCUGUAGCUGCUGCUGCUGCUCAAGCCGUUUUCUUCAAAAGAAAACCCAAGACAAGGGCAGAGGGGGGAGGGGAAGAGCACGCCAAUGAAGAGGCUGCGAACACCGCGCGAAAAAGCUAG